UCAUUCAGUUAUUGCCUGUUUUUAAUUACCAGAGGUCAUUUAAGAAUCAACCUCGUUGCAAUGGAUUUGAAGCCACAUGUUGGUUAGACAAGGAGCACGAAAGCUCAAUACUUGAAAAAUAAGUACCCAGGAUGGACAACUAUUUUAAGUCAGCAGUUUGUGAUCUGGACAAAUUACUUGAUGAAUUUGAGCAAAAUCCAGAUGACAAAGACUUUUGCCAGACUGUAGGAGAACCCAUACGUUCGGACUGUUCAUCACUUCAUGCAAACUCCAAAUACUUAUCAGAAUUGCCUGCAUCCACUGUACAGACUACAUUCAACACACACUCAUUUGAUGCAUCUGGUAGUCAGCUUGGAUCAGAUUCAACAUUGCCUUGUGAUGCUCAUCCUAAAGACCUUUUAACAUUACCGCCAUCACAAAAAACUCUAACAGAGUUGGACUUGUUGUCAACUGUGGAUAGCAGAGUAUCAGGUGAUUCUGAGCAGUUCAAUCACAGCAGAGGCAGUGGACCUAUCUGUGACUUAAUUAGUGACACUGAAAGUGUGACGCAUGAAACAAAUGGUCAUGACGUUGAUAAUGAAGCUGAAAUUAAAUCCAUUGAGGACCAGGCCAGUGGCUCGUUGCUGAUAGACUUCAAUCACCCUUCUCCGCCAGUUCAUAUUGGAGAAUUGGAAUGUUCAGGAGGAGAGAGUUUAGGAAUUAAAAACCUGUUGGAGUUGGAUAUAUCUUUUCAUAAUAGCACAGCACUUGAACCACAGCAGUCAGGACAUUUUAAUGCAGAAAUAAGUAACCAGGAAUAUCCAAUCGAGUGCAAGAGUCCUAAUGAAAUCAAAGAUGAUGAACCUCCAAAGGUAGAGGAACAUCGAGAAAAAUCGUCUCAGUCUGAACAAAGUGAAGAGUUGUCAGUUGUUUCAAAGCAAACCAAAGAAAUCAGUCCUGUAUUUAAAGAAACUAUUGCAUAUAAUGAUUGCACCAACGAACAAGUAGAGUGUCCUUGCAGUGUGCAGUUGCCUGUAUGUGUAAAUUCAAGCAAUAUAACCACUGUUGCGCCUUGUGAAUCAGAGGAUGUUGAAACUAAUUUAGAAGUUGAAAAGGAAUUUUUAAAAGUAAGAUACACAUGUAAUGGUGGUUUAACAAAAUAUGUAAAUAAAGUGGGUUAUUUGAGCAAUUUUACAACACCUAAUAAUUCUUUGCUCCCAGAAGUUGAAAUAGCAGACUCCACAAUAACCUCAACGAAUCCAGAGCAGAAUUCUCAGGUGAACCAUUGUCAGGAAGAACAUAGUCGAGCUUUAGACUCUUGCUCAGCCAUGUGCAUAGUUGGAAGUCCUGUUGAGUUGAACUCAAAACCAUGUGAUCAAGAUCUACCUCUUGUAGACGAUGAAAAUCAGAAUUUGGAACAUAAUGGUGAUAUCACGCCAAAGGAACCUACAUGUUUUGAACAUGAAGAGAAGACUGGAGACAAAUGUCUGGGCACUGAGUGGAUGCAACAGGAAAGAACUCUGGUACCUUCAGAUACUCUUCCAAAAAUUUUAUCUAAGCCACUUGAAGAGGUACUGAACAAUAUUAGUGACGUGGAAACAGCAUCAACUUAUCGAGAAUUUAAAGCUGAGUUUUCUUUUGUUUAUGACAUUAAUCAGGACGGAUAUGAUGUCAAUGAUGUGUUGGUUAGUGAUUCUGAGCUUGAUGCAUUCUUAACGGAUCAGACCGAGAAGAGUUCGCAAGGAUCUAUGAUUGGCCAUUCAAUUGAAGAUUUUUCAGAGCCUACUGAUUUUCCCAAACUGGAAGGUUCGCUCGAUCUUUCUGAAGAUGGUGGAGUUGUUGGUACAAAUUGUGAUCCUUACAGGAAAGAAACUGGUAAACCAGCUGAAUGUGAAGAUGGUGAAUUUACAUCAAAUACUGGGGACUCUUCGUCCCCAGCAGAAAAUGGUUCCAUGAACUCUGCUGUAAACGAAGCACUGUUUGCGAUAACGCACAAACCAGACAAAACCAAAAAUAGUCGGUCUCUAUCCCCAACUGACACUGAACCAAAAGCUAAUUGCACUCUCAAUCAGAUUAGCUUUGGAGGUGCUAGACCCAAAAUCCUUAAUUCUCAAGCCAGACUUUCUCCAAAUAGAGAUUUGAAUGAUCCAGUUAAUGAUAAUCCUAAAGAUGCCACUGACAGUGUGAUUCUAUGUACAGUAUAUAUUGAUAAAAAGGAUGCAGUUUCUGAAACAGUCAAUAGCCCAUCCGUUUUGAGCUCCAGCCCUCAACAUGGUAUUGGUACUGAAGAUGUGACAGAAGUGUUUGGACCAUCAUAUGAUUCCAUCACACAUGGUGAUGUAGAUGUUGCAGCUGCAGAUAAUGAUCUCGCUGAACAAUAUAUCAAAGAAGCUGCUAUACUGGGACAGAACCAACCACAAUGGAUACCAGAUUCUGAAGCACCAAAGUGUGCCAAAUGUCAGGCUAGAUUUACUUUCACAAAAAGGAGACAUCACUGCAGAGCGUGUGGCAAGGUUUUCUGUGCUGCCUGUUGUAACCAAAAAUGUAAGCUGCAAUAUUUGGUUAACAAGGAAGCUCGCGUUUGUGUUGUCUGCUAUGACACCAUCCAGAAAGCUCAAGCAUUUAAGACUAUGAUGAGUCCAACUGGUCCAAGCCCUAACCCUAAUAUCCCAUCAGAAUAUUGUUCCACAGUUCCACCUCUGCAGCAAGCUCAGGCAUCUGGCACCCUCAACUCCCCUCCCCCCACUGUCAUGGUACCAGUCUCAGUACUAAAACACCCAAGAAACGCAAGCACAGGCAUCUGUUCUAGAGAACACAGAAGGGUCUGGUUUGCAGAUGGUAUCCUGCCAAAUGGAGAAAUGGCAGACUCAACAAGAAUGACAGGAAAUUCAACAGUCGGCGUAGGCAAGCAAAUGCCAGAUGAUGUGUACCAAAUAAGUCACAUCACACAAGAAUCAAAAGUAGCGUGGCCUUCGUCUUGUAAUGCAGGAGAUAAUAUACAUUCUGAAGCUGUAAGUCAAGUUGAUGCGUGGAGGACUGAUUCAACUUCAACAAAAACUGUUUUAGCAAGUCUUGAAGAGGGCAUUACACCUAAGGAUACUUAUCGAGCAGACUAUAGAGCACUGGCAACUAUUGGAAAGUCUGUCGCAAAAGCCAUUAGCCUCGUUCCAGAUAAUGCACAUGAUCUCCCUCCCCUUAUUGUGGCAAUAAAAGAUAAAGGAUGCCCAGUGGUGGUGGAGGAACAUCCAUCUCAGAACCAGGCAAUCCUGCUCCUGGAGGAUGGAGGGUCAAAUCCCUUGACGUUUGUGUUAAAUGCCAAUCUUCUAGUAAAUGUGAAACUUGUGAACUAUGCUGCAAAUAAAUGUUGGUGCUUUGUAUCCAAUGGAUUACAUGGUUUGGGCCAGGCAGAAGUUGUCAUUCUGUUGUUUCGUAUGCCUAAUGAAAAUACAAUUCCCAAAGACAUCUUUAAUGUUUUUAUUGCACUUUAUCAGGAUGCAACUAAAGGGAAAACUGUUGGAAAUUUAGGAAACAUCACCUUCACUGAAAAUUUUCUAGGCAGUAAAGAUCAUGGAGGAUUCUUAUUUGUCACACCCACAUUCCAGCCACUGACAGAUUUACUCCUUCCAAGUAGUCCAUUUUUGUUUGGAAUCCUCAUUCAGAAACUGGAAGUACCUUGGGCAAAAGUCUUCCCUAUUCGACUCAUGCUGAGAUUGGGUGCAGAAUACAAUGUUUAUCCUUGUCCUUUAAUGAGUGUUCGAUUCCGUAAAGAACUGUUUGGAGAAACAGGUCAUACCAUCAUGAAUUUGCUAGCAGAUCUUCGAAAUUACCAAUAUACUCUGCCCACAAUCGAGGGAUUAGUACUUCUUGUUGAGAUGGGGCAAAGUACUGUUAAAAUACCUAAGCGAAGGUACAAUGAGGUCAUGAAGGUAGUGACGUCUUCCAAUGAACAUGUUAUUACCAUGGGAGCAUGUUUUAGUUUGCAUGCUGACUCCCACCUGGUCUGCGUACAGAAUGAUGAUAAAAGUCAUCAAACACAGGCAAACACUAUUGCUGGGAAGUCCAGGAAAGUUACAGGAGCCUCUUUUGUGGUGUUUAAUGGAGCUCUUAAAACAACAUCAGGGUUUACCGCUAAAUCCAGCAUAGUGGAAGAUGGACUUAUGGUACAAAUUACUCCAGAAACCAUGGAGGGUUUAAGAGGAGCUCUGAGGGAAAAAAGAGACUUUCAAAUCAUUUGUGGGAAAUUGGGCCCAGAUGACACAAAAGAAUUCGUAAAUAUUCAAUGGGUGGAUGGUGAUGAACCUGUAAAUAAAGGUGUUUUAAGUCCUAUUGAUGGACGAUCCAUGGAAGACAUUCCUAGCAUCAAAAUGCUCCAGGAAAAUGUAUUUGAAACAGAUGGAAUUGUUGUAAAGUGUACAGAGGUAUUCUAUUUGCAAAGAAAUCAUGAUCCUCUCAGUCCUACUAUUCCAGCUGCGCAGAGUGAAUUGACUGAGGAGAUUGCCAGUGCUUGCUGCGUUGCUUUGUGUCCUCAUCUAAAAGCCUUGAAAGAAAUUGGAAUAAACAAGCUAAGUCUCAGGGUCUCUUUAGAAGUUGACAAGGUUGAAUAUCAAGCAGGAUCAAGUGGACAACAACUUCCACAACACUACAUGAAUGACUUGGACAGUGCUUUAAUCCCAGUGAUCCACAGUGGGAGCUCUUACGCUAGCAGCGGUCCCCUAGAGAUGGAAUUAUUUUUCUUCAUCUUGGAAAACCUUGUUUGAGGAGUGGGGGGAAAAGAAACUGCAAAUUCUUUGGCCCCCGGAAGCACAGAAAUUUCUUUCAUCCAUGGAAAAAAUGAGAUAGUACAGAUCGAAGCUUUCCAAGAUAUUUUUCUGUUUCACUGACUUCACUAAAGGAUUCGGUGAUCCCUGCUCUGAAUUAAUCUUUUCUCACAGGUGCUGUAUUAAGAUACUUUGUUUCUCUUCUGAGACUAGGUUCUAUUUUGUGCCAACAUAGUUAAGUACCAUUCAGAAUAUAUUUACAUUCUCAUUCAGAAUCUCAGACAUGAAAUCUGCUUGCUUAGUUAUGUACAGGUCUGGGAUAUGAUGCCCCUUGGUAGACUAUACCCUCGAUUCUGGGUCAAUGGUUGGACCUCAAUUCAAGUACGUAAGGUAGUAAUUCAAUUUUCUGAAGUCCACAAGUCCAUAUUUUUUCAUUUAAUACGGCUAAUAUUUGUCAUCUUAACACAAUCUGGUUCCAGGUCCUGGUUGGGAGAUUGCUAAGCAGUAAGUUUAAAAAUAACUUGGUAAAAUAAUACUUAAAAUUUUUAAAUUAAAUAUAAAUAAUUAUUAAGCUAUGAAGUUUUGUAACUGAGCAGUAGCAUAUGAAGCUAUAAAUGGAAUUUAAGUCAUUAUGCACAGACUUUUCCAUAUGAAUGGUUCAUAAAUGCCACCUGACUAAAAGUUAAUAAGAAAGAAAAAUAAGUUCUUUCUGCUAAAGAACAGCAGUUUAUUUUUUACAUUGACAUUUGUGAAUCAUAAUAUGAAAUAGUCAGAAUUUCCCAAGACAUUUGGUGGUUGAAAGAUGUUUCAAAGCUGCUUAGUAUAUUAAAUCUGGAGGUAAGGAACACUGACAUGUAUAUGCUUUUUUACACAAUAUCUUGUCCUGGUUGGAAAUGAUGCAUAUUUUAAAAGGCCCCUUGCUGCAACUGCACUUCAGAUGUGUGAAAUGGCUAAACCCUGCUACACUUGGCAGCAUUUUCAAUAUGAGAAUAAAGCAGUGUGUGUGGACAAGUUACCAAUUGUCAUCUGAAAAAUGUUGGCAAUCACAUAGAGUUUAGCCUCCUUCAAUCCAGAAAAGCACAAAAUAAUGAGGACUAUUCUAACGGUUUAGGUAUUUAAAAAAAAAUCUUCUUACCAAUAUGACUUGAAAAUAGACAGACAGAUCCCACUGGAGGGGUAGCAUCCAUUCAGUAAGAUAUUACAGGAAUUCUGAACCAAGUCACAUUCUGAUUUGGCAUAUUUCAUGCAUCUGACAUUCCUGUGUGAGGAUUUAAACCUCCAAAAUAAUUAUGUUCAUAACCUUUAUGUAUAGUUACUAACAUUUUCUAUAACAGUUUUAAUUUUUUCACAGAUUUGUUUACAAAAUAUUUACACUGGUAUUUGGGAAUAUGCAGUAACUUUAUAACUGCGGCUUAAAUUUUCAGGAACAUUUGAAUUGAUUGAGAAAGCCUUUCAAGCGUAAUUACCUUUAUUACUUUUUUAUUAGUUUUAUAAAAUAGGGUAACUUUAGUUUCAAAUGAAAUAUAAUCAAAUUGAGAACAUUUAUGGGAUAUUGAAUCGGGUUAAUUUUUUGAGGUUUAAGAACAGCUAAUUAAAAUAAUACUGACAUAAUAGCCUUUUUUGAUCAGUUACUGUAUUUUUAAGUCUGUAUUUUGCUAGGUAGAAAUGUGCCAUUUCCCUACCAUGAAACUUGUAAACCUAUAUUCCUUUGUCUGAAAAGUGUUAAAAUGUAUAUUCUUUGUCUAAUUUCUUUAUAGUGACUUUCAUGUCCAGUUAAGUGUCUGUAAAAUCACUAAUUCCGAACUUUCCAAGCAAUAUUUUGCUUUUUUUUGAAAAGAACUACCAAUGCACAGAAAGGUGUGUCUGCACUUGUUGUUCAAAUCUCUUCAAUGCCACAUGCUUGAAAGGUUCAAGUAAUAAAAUGUGCUCCACGUGACAGGUGCAUCACAUAACAGUUUUUUUCAAUGUAUAAACAAAAUCAAAUUAGUGUCCUUAAAUAUUGAGUUCUAAACACAUCGAUCUAUGUUUUGUAAAAUGGUAAAUCAUUUGUUGUUUGAAUACUUUUAUUUAAAUGUAUCCAUGUAUAUUUAUGAUGAAAAAUAAAUCACGAGAAAAUUAAUGUGAUUUAAAUAAGUUGUUGCCAGCUUCUGCAGUAUUUAAAUGUGUGAAAGUAAGUAAAAUAGAGAAAUGUCUAUAUGACUGCCAAUUGCCAUGAGCAGUUUAUUCUGGGGGAAGUUUGCUGUAACAUGUUUGGGGAUCAGACUGUCUUAAAUUCCAUUAUUUUGUUGGUUUUGUGCACAUACUUUUUAAUGUUCUUGAGUAGACAUUGCCUGAUGUCACCUUUUUAAAUCUCUGUAAUGAUAAAAGCUACAUAUACCGUCUGUUUAUUCUUGAAACUUGCAAGACUGCUAAAAUAAGAUUAAAGUAGCAUGCUUCUUUUUAGCAUUUAAUUUUUUGCAUAAUUCAAAGAGUUUUGAUUAAACAUCAGACAUCCAUCCACUUCAAAAUUGCCUACUUGCUGCAGAGUCAAUAGAAAUAAUGUAUUAAUCCAUUGGAACUUGUUGCAACAUGUUAGAUAUGAGUUAAGUAUGUGCUAUUAUAUGUUUUAUCUGUUAGUCACCUAAUGUUAGGCUCUAAGCCUUUUAAAGAUAUCCAUUUUGAAUUAUAUAUUGUCCACUACCUGCAAUAUUUCUUUCAAGUAGAGAUGUUUUGACAGAAUUCUGCUGGAAUGUGUUGUGUGUAGAUGGGUGCUGGUGAAUUUGGUCUUUUUACAAAUCAAUCUGUGUUUUUAAAAUCCUUCCCAUAUAAAUCAGAAAUAAAAACACAAAUUACUAGUGAAACUCAGCAGGUCCGGCAGCAUCUAUGGGAAGAAAGCAGAGUUCAUGUUCUGAGGUCGGUGACUCUUUAUCAGAACUGAUAUCCUGGACAUCAUUUCAAUGUUCAUAAUGAUGAUCUCUACAUUGGGGAGAUGAAAUGCAGGCUAGAUUGCAAAUCCUGACAGACACUCAGGCCCACACAGACACGCAUACCUUCGGCAUAAAUGCCAGUUUGCCCCAGCUGCUAUUGUUCUGAUAAGGAGUCAUCAAACAUGAACAGUUAACUGUACUUUCUGCAAACAGAUGCUGCCAGACCUGCUGAGCUUCACCAGCUAUUCCUGUUUUUGUUUCUGAUCUCCAACAUCCGCGGCUCUUUGCUUUAUUUCACUAAAUUAUCAGAAGUGGGAAGUGCAAUUUCUCCUGUCACUAGAGUUUCUGGGGAAUAUGUGCUUUACAGGAAUCAACUGCCACCUUGUGGCUUCUAAAGUUAAAUGAAAGGUAAAGAAUAUAUCACUGACAGGUUUUCAUUUCAUUUGACUGGUGAUCCUGAAACCAAUUACAAUGAAUUACGAAAGGUAUUUCUAGUUUUUAUUCAACAUUUCCUGGACAGUGGAAAACAAUAUUCAAAUGAAAAGGUUGAAACCUCAAAAUUAUGUCUGAUUAAUAAAAUAAUAUUUAAAUGUCUACAUAUACAAUAUAAUGCAAUUUGAAAUGUUAUUUCUGAAAGCACUUCCUGACAGAAAAAGUUAACUAAUAUUCUGUGUAAACUGUAAUGAAACUCUCAGAAAAGUGUUCUCUUCAGGUAAAUUUGACAGGCCACUGAUCCACACUUCUUUCUGCUGUGUUCAUCCAGCUCCACACUUUGUUAUUUCGGAUUCUCCAGCAUCUGCAGUUCCCAUUAUCUCUGAAUCAAAGAUGGCCUUUUUUUUCCUAUCACCAUUCGUACACAGCAAAAGGCAGCCUUUUCUGUUGCAACAACUUGUAUAUUAUCAACAAAUCUAAACCAGAAGAAGGAUUUCACCUUCAAAUAAGCUGCAAAAUUUAAAUUUGUAGAUGAAUGCAAACUCAAUGCAGCAUUUAAAA